ACUCUACAGGUAGCAAAGCCACCUGUACUUUAGGAAUACGGAUAAAUCUUCAUCCUUUGGCUCCCUGGGGUUGGCCGCAGUGAGUUAGUUGAGAGUUCGCGCUUCUUAAAGUGCUAAGGCUUAAGCUGCAAGAAAGUAUCGCGAGAUCUGUGGCCACCAGCGAUUUCUCGCGAUGUUUGGUCCGGCAAAGGGUGGCCAUUUUGGAGUCCAUCCGGCGGCUGGUUGCCCCGGCGGCGUCGGCCAACCUGCUGCCGGGACCAAAGCUGGCCCCACGGGUGUCUGGCCUGUGGGCAGCUGGACCGACACGAUGUGGCGGCUCCGCUGCAAGGCCAAGGAUGGCACCCAUGUUUUGCAGGGGUUGUCUAGCCGAACCCGAGUGCGGGAACUCCAGGGCCAAAUUGCCGCCAUCACCGGGAUCGCCCCCGGCUGUCAGCGAAUCCUCGUCGGAUACCCGCCUGAAUGCCUGGAUCUCAGCCACGAGGAUACCAUUCUUGGGGAUUUGCCCAUCCAGUCAGGCGACAUGCUGAUCGUUGAAGAAGACCAAACCAGGCCCAAAACUUCACCUGCAUUUACAAAACAUGGUGCUCCUAGUUAUGUCAGGGAAACUUUGCCUGUGCUUAGCAGAACUGUGGUCCCAGCAGACAACUCUUGCCUCUUUACCAGUGUAUACUAUGUUGUAGAAGGAGGAGUCUUGAAUCCAGCUUGUGCCCCUGAGAUGAGACGCCUCAUAGCACAAAUUGUAGCAAGUGAUCCAGACUUCUAUAGUGAGGCAAUCCUGGGAAAAACAAAUCAAGAGUACUGUGACUGGAUCAAAAGGGAUGAUACUUGGGGAGGAGCUAUUGAGAUAUCAAUUUUGUCUAAAUUUUAUCAGUGUGAAAUAUGUGUAGUGGAUACACAGACAGUAAGAAUUGAUCGUUUUGGGGAAGAUGCAGGAUAUACCAAAAGGGUCCUGCUUAUAUAUGAUGGCAUCCACUAUGAUCCGCUUCAGCGUAACUUCCCUGACCCAGACACCCCGCCUCUGACCAUUUUCUCCUCUAAUGAUGAUAUCGUUCUUGUACAAGCACUGGAAUUAGCAGAUGAAGCUAGAAGAAAGAGACAAUUUACUGAUGUAAACCGCUUCACCCUGAGAUGCAUGGUAUGUCAGAAGGGAUUAACUGGACAAGCAGAAGCAAGGGACCAUGCCAAGGAGACAGGCCAUACCAACUUCGGAGAAGUGUGAUCUAUCCAUGUGGAGGAUUGCCGCCUACUACCUCACAGAUCCAGAAGGCUCUGGGUUUUCCAAUAAGCUAUUCGUAACCCUAAAGAACAAAAGGACACAAUGCUUAAACCGUCUUUUUAACUUAAAGCCACUAAGACACUGAAAUUCCUUGUUAAGAUUAAAAUUAGUGUGCAAGUUUACAGAUGUGUGUCUACAGUGGUGAUACAUGCCCUUUCUCUGCUGGGGUGACAGAAUAGGUAGUCCUUGCUACCUACCGACAUUACCCUGAAGAUUUGAAUUUUAGUACUAUAAACUAGCACCCAGCAGCAUUUACCUGUAGAGGAAAACAACUUCGUAUUUUGAGUAAUGCGGAAGGCCUCAGUAGAGGCCAUUGGACUUAAACCACAAUGUCUCUGUAAUUGAGUCCUUUUAAAAACUCUGAUUGAGUUAGUAGUUUCUAAAUUCUGAAUUGAUUCCUCAAAUGAAGAUACUCAGAAUUGUCAAAACCGAUUUUAUAUUACAAUUUGGUAGCCUUUAUAAAUGUGUACUUAACCAGUUAUAAGUACAUUACAAGCAAUUUUUACAGGGAUGAGUGUGUUCCUUGAGAAUGUUACCUAAGGAACAGAUAGUGCCCAAUUUAGGAUUUCUAGUGUAUAAAAGUAGAAUGUAUGAGGGAAAAGGUGCCUGAGCAGCUUACUAAAGCUUUAAAAGACCGUUGGCCUCGUGUUUUAAUGCAACUCAUUUAUUGAUGUUUGUCACGUUAGAUAAAAAUUUUAAAUUAAGCAGGGUAUUUAUUUUUUUAAUUGAAGUUUCUUGAAAUUUGAGUGCUGAUUUUUGUUUUUUUACCUAAAGAUUUGUCUGGAGGGAUUAACUUCCUCAGCUUUUUCUCCAACUCCUAAAAAACAGCCUUCGUCUAAAAUGAUAAUACUGUGCUUUGAUUUGGUUUUUGUGAGAUCUUUUGUUUACCUAAAUAGUAUUUUUUUCCAUGCUAGCCUUAUUUGGCCACUAAUGCUCUUUUGAAUAAUUUCACAUUUCUGCAAGUUAGCACUUUGCCUAUCUAAAAUCUUGUACUUUGAUUUUUGAAGAGUUUUAAAGUAGUUGGGAUAAUAACAUUGAAUGAAUUUGUUUCACUUCCAAAAUACGACAAUUUUUAAAUCCUUGCCUUAUUCAGCUUUUUUGAAAUUCUGCUUCUUCCUAAUAUUAGAUGUGUAGUCAUUUGCUUGGUGGGCUAAGCUGCAAGGCACACCCUCUAAAAUUAGCUUCACUCAGAUCUUCCAGAUAAAAGUUUUCUACCUCUUUUCUUAAUUCUUCUGAAGAUCAGGGAUGCUAAAUUAUAAUUUGUUAUGUAUUAUCUCACAAAAUGUGAAGAGGCUUAAUGUGAAGUUUCGUUAUCUGGUCUCUUUUUUUGAUGAAGUAUCAUUUACAAAACCAAUGGUAUACUUUAAAGCACUUCUCUUUCAGCAUAUCUUCUUGGUGAAUGUUUUAAAAUUGAGAUUUACUUUUAGCACUUUCACUUGGUGGAGGUGGCCAUAUAAAAUUAAGGAGCAUGUAAACAAUUUAGUGGACAAGUUCCUUUAAGGAAGAAUUCACAAAGUAUGCUUGAAAUCAUUAGGUGACAUUUCUUGAGUACCUAUUUUGUGAAUAGCUGCUUUAGGCAUUAUAAGUUAUGGUCAGUGUAACUUAAAAGAGUUUAAUUUUCUAUUUUACUGAGCCUUAAAAAUAGCACUUGUGAGCUUGCGAUACUUAAUGUUUGGCAAUCAUAAUAUAUACAGAUGACUAUGUUUGAAGAUCUCUUUGUACCUGGCUGUCAUUUCAGUCUAAAGAUUUUUGUAUCUCUUAUUUCCCCCAGAAAAUAAUUACAUUUAAAACUAGAAGUUAAGAGUAUAUCACUGGGUAGCAUCCAUCAAAUUGAGCUUUAGACGUCAUUAUGCAUAGAGCUAGUUCAGGAACCAAAUUUGACGUUUGCUUACUGGAAUUUUAGAGAAAUCUGUUAAUGCAACAAAUAUUUAUUGGGUAAUUUACAAUGUACCAAGCAGGUAUUGAUAUGUUUUCCAACAUUAAUUUCUGUCACAUUAAAAUUAAGUAUAUUUUACCUACAUCGGAUUAAUUUAACAAAUAGAAAUAGAACCUGAUAUUUUAUAAAAUUAAACCCCUUCAUUUUCAGUGUUUUUGUUCCCAUAUUUAAACUUAUACUUCUUAGCAAGUGUCAAGUAUUUAUUCUGGGGAUCUUACUCUAUUUUACUUGUUACCUGGGUUGUCCAUUCACCAACUGGACACCAAUAACUCAGUCAAAUGGCUCUCAGUAAUAAGUUAUAAAUUAAUCAGUUGCUGAAAUUCAGCACUAGGACUUGAAUGUUCUGAUCAUGGAAAAUCCAAGAUGAUGCAUUAUCUGCAGACAAUUUGAUUUAGUUAUUGAGGAUUCAAAACCUAAACUUGUGCUCUUUCUAAACUCAAGCUUGUAAACCUCACAGAAUCUAAAGAUUUUUUUACUGCACUUAUUAAAGUCUUGAAAUUAGUUUAUUAAUGUGUGUAAAUUCUAAUCUUCAGAAUUUUGAAAACUAUGGAGUUAGUACUUGCAACAGGAUCAAAACUUUUUCUUAAAUCUGCACUUGAGCAGAAUGAAACCCUUCUUCCUAUUUAUUCCAUUUUUGAGUGCCAUACAAGAACAGUUUUUUAAUUCAAAUGAGGAGAGUUUACAUUAGUGGCUGAAUGAAUGAAGAUUGCGCUUUCCUGUCCCCCACCCUCUUUUCUCUUAUUCUUUCUCUUACUCUUCUUUGGAUUUAGAGAUCCGAUGUAGGGCGGUGAAGAUGCACUUCUAGGUAGAAUGUUUUCAGAGGUUAAAAUUACUAUCCCUGGUAAUUUUGUGAUGUGAUAGCCAUAUAAGGACAUCAGUGUGGUACAUCUUUUGUAAUCGUUCCUAGUUGAUUUCUUAAUUAUUUCCCAUGAAAUAUUAUUUAAAUUAUUAUUUCCAUGAAAAAUGAGCGUAGUCGAGGGGUACCCUUGAAAGUUUGGCUGCUGGUCAGCUUGACCCUGUUGGCAAAAACUAAUACAAUCAUGCCAGUUGAUUAUUCCAUGAAGUUCAAGCCCCAGCAAAGUCAUUAUCAGGACUGCAUUAAUGUGUUAUCUCUCUAUAAAUGCCCCUAAGUGCCCAUGCCCAACUUGCUUAUCUAGCAUAUGCUUUCUAUCCUGUGUAGGCAUUAAAACAUAUAUGUUGCAAGUUGCCCUAGCUAAACAUAGUUUUCUGUGUCUUUUUUUGAAAAAGUUAGAAUGAGGAGUAUGUAAAAUUAGCAGAAUAAUUGUUUUCUUUAUGGAUCAGGUGGCCUUCUUAAACUUUCAUAUAUUAAGAUUUAUGUGCUUUCAUGUGUUAAGACACACGUUUGUUAUUAUUUGCAGCACUUUAAAAAAAAAUGAAGUAAAAGUUUACAUGUUAGCCCUCUCCAGGGAUCUUGCUAAAGGCAUUAAAAUAUAAUUCUUGAGCUGCUAACAAUCAGCUCUUCUUAACAAUUGCCAUCAAUGUAUAGUGUAUCCAGUGGUACAACAUUCUGGUUUUUGAUAAUAGUGGAACUUGAUUUCAGUAACUUAGGGGCGUGCUCUGUGCCCUAGCAUUCAAAAAGUUACCUGUUUCUAUAAUAUGAUUAUUCUUUCUCAUUCAUUGUACAGUGCAGUAUUCAAAUUUGUCCUUUUAGCACAAAGAUGACUAUACCAAUUUGGAAAAGAUCAGAUUCUUAAAACUCUUCAUUUGUUUCUAGGCAAACUUACUUUAAGGGAGCUGAUUUCUUAGCCUUAAAAGUGUCAUUUUUAAGUCUAAAGUGAAACACUUGAUUUGAAUAAGCUAGUUCAUUAAAGAUGUUUUCUCACUAAGAGUUAUAAUAUUUCAAUACAUUUAAUUCAACUUAGACUAUAAAACUUGCCCGAUUCUGGGAAAGGGUUUUAUUUGUUUUUUUUCUUUUCCAAAAAUUAGCUGGCAUUUUGUUUACAGUGCUUUGAAUAUUUGACUUUGAAGAAAUUGUUGCAUUGAUACUGAGUUGAGUGCUGAUUUAGGUCUUGGUCCAUAUGAAUUUAAAGGAGAUUGCUAUUUGAGAUUGAAGAGAAAGGGGGAUAAAGUACCACUUAAACAGAAGAGAUGCUCAGUUGGAUACAUUCCUUAGUCAUGAAUAACGCUUUUUGAAAAAUUUUUCAAGCAAUGCAUUGUGUCCUCCUAACCCUCGCCCAUUUCUUGGCAUAGAAUGUAGCAGGGCCAUAACUGAGAAGCUUGUCAUUAAUGUAUAAACCAUGAAUAGAAGCAUUUUGCUGUGAUGCCUUUUUAUACUUGUCUUUUAAAAAUACCCACAUCUGGGAGCUUAGGGAUGUGAAGAUAUGAUUUGGUUAAGUUGUAGGUAACAGGUUAACCUAAGAAAGGUUGAGAAUUUCUACUAAGAUUACAUGAGCCCAAUCUUAGACCUGGUAUAGGAUAUGCAGUAAGCUGUAACCCAUAAGUUACUUGAAAGGACCAGGGGCACCUAAUUCUUGUCAGGUUUCCAGUUCACCUUGGUGCCAUUCAUGACUCAAGCUGUUUACAGGACAUAUAAUUUCCUUAGCAAAGAGUAAUCUUUUCCCUUUAAAGAAGUAUUGAACUCAGCUUAAAAUGCAAAAUAAAUAUAUAGAAGUUUGUUAAAAGGGAUAGAGAAUGACAGUAGGCCUCUCUUUCCUCCACUCCCUGAUGGAGUGGAGGCGAGGUGGAGAUUUCCUGAAGCAAGAAGGAAAGCCUGGGUUGUCAAAUUUAGAGCUUAGAACAUGACUUGAAAAAGUAGUAGGUAAGGACAAAACAGAAGGAAGUUCUGUUUCUUGGCCUAUUUUUCUUCAUUAAGAUGGACAGUGUUUUCUUGUUUUAAAAGUGUUCUUUUGUCUAUUUGCCAGCAUCUUUUUCACAGUUAAUGCACUGCUGCCACCUGGGAAAUGUCUGAUUUCAUUUUGUACAACUUUGUGUGGUUUUGCCAUUGUUAACUGAGAUGAAGCGAUUUUAUUUAUGAGGUCUGUGAUUUUAAAUACCUAAUGCUGUAUGAAGUGAUUUGUUUUGAAGAAAUAAAUGACGUGAAAAUA